AUGUCAAUGGCGCCGCCGGUCGGCGCGCCCGUCUAUCUGCAGGCCACUGACAGGGGCACAGCCUAUGCCACAGAGGGCCCAGCCUAUGGUGCAGCCCAUGGUUCAGCCCAUGCCGCAGCCGAUGCCGCAUAUGAUGGCACAGCAGAUGGUGCAGCCGAUGCCCAUGCAGGCGCCCGUCCUGAGCGGCACACCCCUGUCGCCGCAGAGGGGGCUGAGCCCUCCACGGGCAGUGUCCCCGAUGCGAGCUGCACCUCGGCAGCACCCAUGUAUGCAGCCGGUGCCGGCUACAUCCCGGCAGCUCAGGCCACGGCGGUAGUCAGCGGUCUCCGGGCGGUGUCUCCGGUGCGGUCCAGCGUGUCCCCCAUGCGCGGCGGAGUGGUGUACUCAACGAGCACCGGCUACACACCCAGGAUGCAGGACUUACCGAGGCACCAGGGGGAGCACAGAGUCAUCGGCGAGCGGCGUAUUACUCGCGAGGAGCUUGCAGAGACCGGAAACCUCGUUGAGGUGGAGGGCUCUGUCGUCCCAACCACGGAGAGACCGUCAUCGCUGCUCAUGCGGCCGGUCUCGCAAGUGAGCCGCGUUCCGGAUCCCUUCCUGCCGGGGCGCGAAGUGGCGAUGGCGAAGGUCCUAACGUCCGACAAUGCGUUGGCUGGUUCGACUUACCCCUAUGGCCACAACGAGCAGGUCGCCGACUUCGGCGGGCGGGUCCCUUCACCGAAGGGCGACAUGCCAGGGAGCGACAUGCUGAACUUUGAGCAGCCGGAAGCAGCGGCCAUGUAUAUGGAGCCUGCGAUGGUGACUGGCCAGGAGCAGUUGCCGGAAUCCAGCUUCCACUGA